CGGAUAUUGGCUCCAUGUUAUUUCCCGGUGUCACAUGAAUUUGUGUCCCCAAAAUGGCGACAUUAGCUGCUGCUGCUGCGGCUGCUGCUGCUGCGGCUGCUAUCGCCGCUAAUAGAGACCCAGCUGUUGACCGUUCAUUACGAUCAGUAUUUGUGGGGAACAUUCCAUAUGAGGCUACAGAGGAACAGCUGAAAGACAUAUUUUCUGAAGUGGGACUUGUUGUCAGCUUCAGGUUGGUAUAUGACAGGGAGACAGGAAAGCCAAAGGGAUAUGGCUUCUGUGAAUACCAAGACCAGGAGACGGCCCUCAGUGCCAUGCGGAACCUGAACGGGAGGGAGUUCAGUGGUCGGGCUCUAAGGGUUGACAACGCAGCCAGUGAAAAAAACAAGGAAGAGCUGAAAAUCAUUGCAGGUUUGGGAACUGGAGCCCCAAUUAUCGAGUCUCCUUAUGGAGACACCAUCCAGCCACAGGAAGCCCCGGAGUCCAUUAGCAGAGCUGUGGCCAGUCUGCCCCCCGAACAGAUGUUUGAACUUAUGAAACAGAUGAAGCUGUGUGUGCAGAACAGUCCCCAGGAGGCGAGGAACAUGCUGCUGCAGAACCCUCAGCUGGCCUACGCCUUGCUGCAGGCCCAAGUGGUGAUGAGGAUCGUUGACCCUGAGAUAGCCUUGAAAAUGCUCCAUCGUCAGACACCAGUCCAGCCGCUCAUUCCCAGCGGGCAGGGGGGGGGAGCGCCGCCCCUCAACCCCCCCUCUGCUCCACCCAACAUGCAAGUGCCUCAGCCGCAGCAGCCUGUGCCUGGAAUGCAUGUCAACGGAGCCCCUCAGAUGAUGCAGCCCCCCAACAUGGGUGUUGUUCCUGGCCAAAUGCCAGGACCAGGACCAGGACCCGGACCGGGACCGGGACCGGGACCAGGACCAGCUCAAGGACCGGGAGCAGUCGGACCUCCAGGCCCCGGCGGUAUCCCCCCCAGAGGGCUGCUGGGAGAUGGUCCUAAUGACCCCAGAGGAGGAACUCUGCUGUCCGUCACUGGCGAGGUCAUCGAGCCCGGCCGGCCUUACAUGGCAGCCCCCCCACCCCACCAAGCCCCACCUGUACACAUGGCAGGAGCCCCACCUGUACACAUGGCAGGAGGACCCCCCCCGGAUAUGAGAGGCCCUCCAAUGGACAUGAGAGGCCCACCCAUGGGUGAACCACGCAACAUGAUGGGCGACCCCAGAGGUCCCCCGAUGAUGGAGCAACGCGGACCCCCGAUGGAAACUAGAGGCCGUGACCCGAGGGCGAUGGACACUCGAGGUCCGGUGGCGGCUCAGAGGGUUCCCAUGGCGACAGGAAUGCCGGGCCCCGCUCCUCAUAGCAUGGCUCCGAACGCUCCUCCACCUGCAAGACCGGGUCCUGGAAACUCUGGUCCUCCGUCGGGAGGGGGCUUCAGUCCAGGCCAGAGCCAGGUCUCCACACAGGACCAGGAGAAGGCUGCCCUCAUCAUGCAGGUGCUGCAGCUGACCCCAGAACAGAUCGCCAUGCUGCCCCCGGAGCAGCGGCAGAGCAUCCUGAUCCUCAAAGAGCAGAUUCAGAAGACUGCAGGGGGGGGGCCUUAACGGGCUCAUGGAGAAAAAUACAAAAGGGUUCAGGAUUCCCAAACUGCUCGACCCUGAAGACGUCUGCUUAGUUUGGACUUUUGUAUAGUUUUUUUUUUUAAAUCAUAUUGUCUGUAUGAAGAGUCCGGUUACACAUUUGAGUGGAUGAUGAAUGCUGAACAGAAACUGGAGUGUCAUGAUGUUUCAUCCCAAAGCCAGCUGUUAGUCUUGAUGUUUUGUCAAUAAAACCAACAAAAAAUA